AUGCUGCUGCUGCUGCUGCUGCUGCUGCUGACGCAUGAUGGCGAUAGUGACGUGUACGUGUUGGCUUCUGUGUGCACGUAUGAGCUGGCUCCGUCGGUGUGCUUGCUUUCGAACAUGCUAUUUUCCACACUUUUUCCCUUUCAGCUAUCGAUGGAGCCCAAUCCAAAGAGAGAGACUGCACCGAAUACAGGUGCCAACAGUGUGAGCCCUCCAAGGGAAGCCAGCAGACCGAGGUUUGCAAGGGAUGCCUACAGCGUGAGCCCUGCAAGGGAUGCCCACAGUGUGAGCCCUGCAAGGGAUGCCAGCAGACCAAGGAUUGCAAGGGAUACCACCAGACAGAGCAUUGCAAGGGAUGCCAACAGCGUGAGCCCUGCAAGGGAUGCCAGCAGGCCAAGGUUUUCAAGGGAUGCCUACAGCGUGAGCCCUGCAAGGGAUGCCAGCAGACCAAGGAUUGCAAGGGAUACCACCAGACAGAGCAUUGCAAGGGAUGCCAACAGCGUGAGCCCUGCAAGNUGGAUGCCAGCAGACCAAGGAUUGCAAGGGAUACCACCAGACAGAGCACUGCAAGGGAUGUCUACAGCGUGA